AAAAUAAAUUUCAAUAUCUCCUUUAUCGUAAGUGAGAUCGUCAGUCCAAAGGUUGUUCCAACUCAAGCUACAGCCACAGAGAAAGCCACAAAGAAGUCAUCCUCAAAGGUUUUCAUUUAUCUUACUCAAACAGAACAACAGGUUCCCUCAAACUUGGCCUCUUCUUCCGAGAGCGGCGACCACGAAACAUGUAACUGUGAUGUGAUAGUGCUAAGCUUUCGUACUAAAUGUCAAGUGCAAAAGUCGCCUCAUAUCACCUAUCUGUUCGAUGCCAAUACUGGAUGGGCAACAGGGCGAAAUGUGCUGUAUUUUGCUGCAGUAACAAGAUCGCCAAAGUACCAUUAUUACAUUUUUAUAGAUGAUGAUGUGGUGCUGCCCUUAGAUUUAUUUGCAUCGCCACAAAUAAAGAGGCUUCCGCCGUCUAGAGUCUUCGAACAAUGGCUCUUGGAGUACGAGCCUGUAGUUGGCGUUGUGGAUUACAAAUGGCAUCAUGGGGCCAUCUGGACCAAUGAGAGAAGAAAGAAAAUAUGUAACAAAACGGACAGUCCCCUUGUGAUACCAAAAGUAUGGUAUGAUGAUACAAAUGGCAUCAUGGGGCCAUCUGGACCAAUGAGAGAAGAAAGAAAAUAUGUAACAAAACGGACAGUCCCCUUGUGAUACCAAAAGUAUGGUAUGAUGGUCUUUUCAAUGCAUUUCAUUACAAAUCUAUCGAGCAUCUCUCCCCUUACCGUUCGCAGUAUGAAAACAAAAGCUGGUGGUCACAGCAGAGGUAUAUGUUUUCUGCUGUGGAACUGAUAAUUCGAGGCCAAGCAUUGAUGUUUGUGCCUGUUAGUGCGGGAAAUCCAAAACAUCGCCCAUACCCAACGUCUUUAAAGAACGAAAACACAAACUGGGGAGAUUACAUCGAUACAGUUCGAGAGAAACCUCCUUUAAUUUACAGAAAUAGGACCUUAGUCGAAGAUUUUAGGCGGAAUCUUGAGGGUUACGUUAUCAACACGACAACGUAUUGCAUGAAUGUAACGCGUCAUCAACACAUUAAACCGUACGCUCAUUUUGAUUUUCAGACAGAGAUGUAG